AGCGCGGCGGCAGCAGCGGCGCGGCCCGCCCGGCGCGGCGGUAGAGGCGGCGGCCGCGGGGCGCGGGGCCGGGCCGGGCCGCUCGCGCGGCAGCAGCGUCUCCCGCGGGCCGGGCCGCGCCGCCCGGGCCGGCGAUGUGAGGGCGGCGGCGGCGGCGGCGGCGGCGGGCGGGAGGAGCGCGGCGCGGCGCGGAGCGCGGAGCGGAAGGCGGGCGGGCCCCGAGCGGAAGCGGGCCGGGCCCGGCGGCGGAGCGCGGCGCCGGCGGGGGCGGCCGGGCGCGGGCGGGCGAUGGAAACGCACAUCUCGUGCCUGUUCCCGGAGCUGCUGGCCAUGAUCUUCGGGUACCUGGAGGUGCGCGACAAGGGCCGCGCGGCGCAGGUGUGCACGGCCUGGCGGGACGCCGCCUACCACCGCUCCGUGUGGCGGGGCGUGGAGGCGAAGCUGCACCUGCGCCGCGCCAACCCCUCGCUCUUCCCCAGCCUGGCGGCGCGGGGCAUCCGGCGGGUGCAGAUCCUGUCGCUGCGGCGCAGCCUGAGCUACGUGAUCCAGGGCAUGGCGGACAUCGAGAGCCUCAACCUCAGCGGCUGCUACAACCUCACCGACAACGGGCUGGGCCACGCCUUCGUGGCGGAGAUCAGCUCCCUGCGCUCGCUCAACCUCAGCCUCUGCAAGCAGAUCACGGACAGCAGCCUGGGCCGCAUCGCCCAGUACCUGAAGGGGCUGGAGGUGCUGGAGCUGGGGGGCUGCAGCAACAUCACCAACACCGGGCUGCUGCUCAUCGCCUGGGGCCUGCAGCGCCUCAAGAGCCUCAACCUGCGCUCCUGCCGGCACCUCUCCGACGUGGGCAUCGGGCACCUGGCGGGCAUGACGCGCAGCGCGGCUGAGGGCUGCCUGGGUCUGGAGCAGCUCACGCUGCAGGACUGCCAGAAGCUCAGCGACCUCUCGCUCAAGCACCUGGCCCGCGGGCUGGGCCGCCUCCGCCAGCUCAACCUCAGCUUCUGCGGGGGCAUCUCGGAUGCGGGGCUGCUGCACCUGUCGCACAUGAGCAGCCUGCGCAGCCUCAACCUGCGCUCCUGCGACAACAUCAGCGACACGGGCAUCAUGCACCUGGCCAUGGGCAGCCUGCGGCUCUCCGGCCUCGACGUCUCCUUCUGCGACAAAGUGGGGGACCAGAGCCUGGCCUACAUCGCGCAGGGACUGGACGGGCUGCGCUCCCUCUCCCUCUGCUCCUGCCACAUCAGCGACGAGGGCAUCAACCGCAUGGUGCGGCAGAUGCACGGGCUGCGCACCCUCAACAUCGGCCAGUGCGUCCGCAUCACCGACAAGGGCUUGGAGCUCAUCGCUGAACACCUCAGCCAGCUGACGGGCAUCGACCUCUACGGCUGCACCCGCAUCACCAAGCGGGGCCUGGAGCGCAUCACCCAGCUGCCCUGCCUCAAGGUGCUCAACCUGGGACUGUGGGAAAUGACUGAGAGCGAGAAGGUCAGGUGAGAGGAGGGGGUGCCCCGAGACCUCCGUCUCCUCCGGAGGAACUCACAGACUGAAGGACUGACUGACUGCUGCAACGGAGGAGAGGAGAGAGGGGCACGCGCACAGCCAUGCUACCCACGCACCCUGGCACUGGAGGGAAGAACAGAGCGAGCGAGUAUCCUUGACCCCUGUGUUCUGUCUACCCGCCCUCGCUCUGGAGGAGGAGGAGGAAAGGGCGGGGUGGGGGGGCAGGAGGAAAGAGAGAAAGCACCCGCCCUUUUUCCAGGUCAUGCCUCCAGCUCCACACUGGGGAAACAGAGCUCUCCGCGUCCCUACCCCAGCGUCCUCCCCCCUGCAGAAGAGGUAGAAGCCCACACUUAUGCACUGGGGCUAGAGACACCCCUCUUUAUCCCCACUCCCCUAUUCCAUCCCCUCCUGCACUAAGGAUGGAUAAAGAUCGAGACCCUUGCUCUGCCAUGUAUUGAGAAUAGAUUAUUUUUGAUUUAUAUAAAGGAGAGUGGGAAUGGAAAUGGGAACAAACAAUUACAACAGCAGGAAAGGCUUCCUAGCUACACCGAUGUACCUGGCCACCCAGUCAUCCUGCACUGGGCACAGACACAGCUUUUGGUUUAAAAAAAAAAAUAAAAGCUCUGAAAAACAAACCCUAACCAUUCCACCUCUGCGCCUGCCCCUCCCCUGUCAGCUGGGAAUUGUGACAGAAAUACUGCUCCCUAGGUACAUUGAUUUUUUUCUUUCUUUCUUUCUUUUUUUUUUUUAAAGUCUGUUUUCAAUCUCCAGUUCCAUGUUGCUCUCUGCUGUGGGUAGACGCAUACUCCCACUACUCCACUUCUCCACUGCACUGAGAAUAGGGACAGCUACAACCUCUCCUUUUGUCAGCACGUUUCCACGUCAUCCUGCACUGUAGCUAAAGGAAAAGCCCAGGCAGUCUGUUCUUUCUCCCCAUCUCUGUAUUGGAGAGGAAGAUACCAUUUCCUCCUACCCUGUUUCUGUAGAGCCUGGACGUGGACCCCAGUCUCUUAGACCUUCCCAUGCACUGGGGGCCACAGAGUUACUGAGAGACUCCCCUUCACCGUUCUCUCCUCCUCCCCUCCCUCUUCUUGGCAACAGGGAUAGACAUAUCCAGCUACAUAUCCAUUCCUCUUGGAUGGGGGCUGAGUGGGUAGAAGGGGUGGCCAGCUCCCCUCGGCCUGGGGGACUUAAGGAAGAAUCUCCAGCUUCAUUUCUGCUUCACUUGAGAUACUGUGACCUGUUUUUAUUUUGAAACGCAUAAAAAAAAUUACUGCUACAAAAACAGCCUCUUACUCUCCCAUCUAUCCCUCGCUUAUGUCCUGUAACUGGUCCCAGUUUUCCUCAUUCAUCCUCCUCUUUACAGUAUUCAUUUUCUUACAUGGUUUUAUUUUUAAAGACAUUUGAAGUUGCUGUUCUUGUGGAUUUUUAAGUACAUUUUUUUUCUGCUGAAUAUAUUCUAUAUAUAUAAAUAUAUAUAUGAUGUCUGGCUACCUCGUUUUAAUUUGUUACUUUUUUUUUUUUGGUUUUUUUUUUUGUUUUUUCCUCCUCAGAAGCCCUGGAAUUCUUACAGGAAAGAGAUUUUGAGACUGAAACAUUUUUGUGCCUAGACUGGAAUAAUGCCCCUUCCUUGGGUUUGUUCUUCAUUUUCUUCCCCUCCUUCCCCCUCCCCCCCCCCCCCCCCCUCUUUUUUUUUUUUUUUUUUUUUUGUUUCUUUUCUUUUUUAAAAUCCUUGUUUGCUUUUGAGCUUACCCCGCCGUGUCCCACCUUCACAUUCUGGUUGUGCCUCUCCCACCCUCUUCGCUGGGGAUCGGGGACCCAAACUGUGCUUCUGCAUUUUGCCUCUUCUAGCACAAACGUGUAACGUGAGAAUCCGUGCUGAGGAUCGGGCUACUGCUACAACAGAAAUGUGUAAAAUGCAAGUCUGGUUUUUUGUUUUUUUGUUUUUUUUUUUUUGUUGUUGUUUUUAAAUGAUAUAGAGAUAUAUGCAAAUCCUCUCCCCUCCCCUCUCGAAUCACCUACAAAAGGUCACUGUGCGAGGCUUCCUGUUUGUGGGCGAGGAGCGAGCAGCCUGCAGGCCCCGAGGCUGCAGCGCGAGGGGAGGAGACUGAAGUUCAUCUGUCUUAUCUCUGUUCUGUCAAUAAAAUGGAGCUGGUUCUUUAGAUUUUUUUUUUUAUUAUUAUUAUUAUUAUUAUUUUAAAGAGGAAGAGUUAAGGAUUUUUUUUUUUUUUUACAGAAAACUGUCUUGGCUUUUUUGUUUUCUUUUUGUUGUUUUUUUUUUUUUCCCUUUCUCACGUGUUCAAAAUCUCCAACCCUCCACAGUAACAGGCCAGACCACGGAGUUAACGCAAACCCAGAGACCCCUAUGGAUUAAUUGUACUGUUUGUGAAUUUGUAUAAAAAUAACAAAGAUCCUCUUAAAACAUUUUAUAUUCUUACAGUAAAAGGUUAAACUGAUAUUUAUAUAAUAAAAGAGGAAAUAUGAAGUAUGUUUUUGAAAAAAAAAAAAAAGAAAAAGCUGUA